AACGCGGGGAGUGCUGGCGACGGAGCGGGCGCGCCGAGUUCCCGCCGGGCCGGGCAUAUGUCGCCGUGGCAGCCGACGGCCGAGCGAGCAUGACAUACCAGCGGUGGACAAGUGAGGACUCCCCGCUCGGGCGGUUCCGCCAGGACGAACUCGAGCUUUCGGCGAGGGAUACGUCCUCCUCGCACGCACACGCGCAGGCGCAGGCGGGGUGCGACCACCUCCUGCACGCGGGCGAGGCUGUCUCCUGCAGGUCGUGCCGCGACAUGAGGAUCGUGUACUGCCUCGUGUCCGCCAUCGGCGGCGUGCUGGCGCUGCUGCUCGCCACCAUCGACCGCGUGCCCGUGGAGUCCGCCGCGGGCGCGGCCAUGGUCGGCCUGUGGAGGGAGAGGAAGAUGAAGAAGGACUUCGCGGGAAGGUGGUGCAGCGGGAUAGCGACGCACCCGCUCUGGGGGUCCGAGGAAGUCGCUGGAAUUUGCCCCGACGACCACCAGGUCUUCUUCCAGGUCAACAUAACUGCCCCGGAGGUGGACAGCAAUGUCACGGCAAUGCAGUUCGAGAUGGUCCAGGCGUAUUUGGACGGGCCGAACGCUUCCGACGAUCCGGACUACCAAUUGCACCUGGAGGCGUUUGACAUGUUGCAGCGCUUGAGCCAUCUGAAGCCAGCGGACAUAUUCGCGUUCCGUGAGACGUGGACCAACGAGGAUACCAAGUUGUUACAGCAACUCGACAGUAGCCCUAAGGCUUGGGUGACGACGGGCAACAUUACCACCUUCUUCGCUCAAAGGUUGCCCAGCAUCGAUGACUUCACGGACUGGGUGGCACGGAGCCCGCUGGCAGUGGUUGGUGGAGCCGACAGCAUCUCGAACAUGAGCCUGGGCUCUGAGAUAGACCGGCAUGUGACCGUCGCGCGCUUCAACGAAAUUGUCGGCAACAAACUCGAGAGGAGCGAAACGGGGGUGAAGCUUAAUAUUCACGUGGCAUGUUCAAAG